UGCCGUAAACUUCCGUCUCUUGGGCCUCUGCUUCCAUCCUUCGGCCCCGAAGGCUCCUUCAAAGUUCUGAGAAAAAUGAGGCUGAACAAAGGUAGGUGUUGACACUGACAAGUUCGCCCCGCGACAGAUCAUCUGAGCCAUGGAUACUUUGUUUUGUUCGGAAGAUCUUUUGCCACAGAUUUUGAUUGGUUCACAUUCGAAGAUUCUCAUUCGCUUCUCGAGAAUUUGGCUGGAUAAAUUGCCCCUGACCGACGUCAGCGCGGAAAAAAGAAUCCUUUCUUGAAUCUAGUCUAGCUAGGAUCUUUCGAAAAGCCAAUACAGUACAGUAAUUUCUUGCCCCGUGCAUCCAGCCCACAAUUUUUUGUUGGACAGGAACCAAAUUGACUUAAAAUUUGCAAAGAAAGAAAUAGAAAAUAAUCAUGAAGACUGCCAUUCUUGCCUCCCUCGUUGCCGCUGCCGCUGCAUUUGCCCCUGCUGCCAAAGAAGAUGCCAGCAACAGUGCCUUGAAGAUGUCCUUUGAAAACGAGCUGGGUGCGCAAGCUCCUCUUGGUUUCUGGGAUCCCCUUGGAAUGGCCACCAGCCAGGAAAAGUUUGACCGUCUUCGUCUCGUGGAAAUCAAACACGGACGUAUUGCCAUGGUGGGAGUCGUCGGAUACCUCGUUACAUAUGCCGGAAUCCGUUUCCCCGGAGCCGAGGACAUUCCCGCAGGAUUUGGCGCUUUUGAUGCGGUUCCUCCUUCUGUGUGGGCGCAAGUCUUUUUCACCAUUUUGCUGAUGGAAGGAUUCAACACCGAUCAAAUUGGAGGAGAAUUCAUUGGUGAUUUCCGCAAUGGUGCUCUGGACUUUGGAUGGGAUUCCUUUGAUGAAGCAACCAAACUUUCAAAGCGUGCUAUUGAGUUGAAUCAAGGACGUGCCGCCCAAAUGGGACUCCUUGGUUUGAUGGUCCAUGAAAAACUGGGCAAUGUUGACAUCCUUCUUCCUCCCAGUUUUAUCAGUAUCUAAGCAUACAAGAAAGAUAGAUUUGGUUGAGGUGCCACAUGUAAAAGAGCAGUUAGUUUUGGAACACCUAACUUCAUAACACAGAUUUGGUUGUC